AUGUCAAAUUUUAAAGAUAAUAUGAGAUCAAUAUUUGGUAUUAAAAAGAAAGCAGAAACAAAACAAAACAAUGCCGCUGAUGCUAAUAACAAAGUUAUAAUAGAAUCAAUCGAUCAAAUUGAAAUAACUAAAACAAACACAUUGAAAGAAUUACAAUUAACAAAACCCAUCCCUACUACACCAAUAAAAGUAACUGAUUCUGCUCCAAAUGGUUUCAAAAAUCCAAUGAAAACAUUAACUCCAAGUGAAUCAUUUUCAAAAAGUAUAUUAUUAAUGAAAGAUAAUCAAAAUAAAAAUGUUUUAAAUAAUAGUUCUAAUAAAACUGAAGAAUCAAAUUCAAUUUUGAACUCAGAAAAUUUACCAUUCCAAUUAUCUGACAAUUUAAAAACAAAUAAAUAUGAAUAUUAUUCAGCUCAUCCAAUUUAUGAUUACUUAUCAUUCACCGAUUCAACCUUAGUUAAACCAUGUAAAUGGAUAUUAGAAAUUCCAAAAAUUUUUAAAACUUUCGUAAUGAUUUAUUUUAAAGUUUCAGAAACUGAAAAAUAUAUUUUAGAUUUUGCAAAUGAAAUGUUAGAAUUAAUUGAUUAUUUCCAAAUUUUGGGGGUUGAAGAAUCAGAAUCAAACUCAGAUAAAAAAUCAAUUGAUUUUAGAAGUGGUGGGAGGCGAAGCUAUAUUAAUGCAUUUCAAAGAUGA